AGAGGCUUCCAACCUUCCUGAUUGGAAGGACCCGACUCCGUGGGUGCCUGGCAGGCCAGUGGACAACAGCAUCUUCUCAGGGCUGGUCUCCAUGCUUGACUUCUCCCCCGCUUAGAGAAGAGAUAACAGGCUUGAUGUCAAACAAAAGUUAGAAGAAGGCUUUGGCAGAACAGAACCAAAAGGAUCUAGGUUCUGCAGAAGGGAAGAAAGAGUUUGGGAGAAACCACGGCCACUUAUCAACCAGACUCUUGGUCUAAGGACCACGGCACGUCAGGAUACUACACCCUAGAAGUGGUGAGGGAUGAUGAACGCCCAGGUCUCAUCUUGAGCCCACACAGUGACUCCACAACCCAGAUGUCCUUAGGCUCAGGAACCACCAACUCCUCCUCCAAAUCCCCAUCCUCGGAUUCGGAUGACCACUCCCUCUUCCAAGCCCGGCAUGUCAGGCUACUACACCCUAGAAGUGGUGAGGGAUGAUGAACGCCCAGGCCCAUCAGCCCCUUGGGUAGAUCCCAGCCCCCUGCCUCAUUCUCCUGGCCAGAAAAGGAAGAGGGAGUGGUCAUCCGAAUCCAAGGAUGGGGAGUUGGAGGAGGAGUUGGUGGUUCCUGAGCUUAAGGACAUCUGGGUCGUGGAGUCACUGUGUGGGCUCAAGACGAGACUGAAGAAGCAGCGAGUGUCCUCAGUGCUUCCCGAGCACCACGAGGUCUUCACCACGCUGCUUGAGGAUCCUGUCAUUAGAAACUUCCUGGCCUGGGACAAAAGUCUGACAGUACCUGACAAACACCUCCUCUCUAUGGUCAUAGCCUACUUUGGCCGGGCUGGCCCCUUCUCCUGGCAGUACCGACACAUUCAUUUCUUCAUAGCGCUCUACCUGGCCAAUGACAUGGAGGAAGACAACCAGGCUCCUAAACAAGCCAUUUUUCCAUUCCUGUAUGGGGAGAGCCGCUUCCAGCAUCCUCUGUUCCACAAGCUGCCCUACCAGUUCAUCCGAUACAGCUGGAAGACCAGAGUUUCCCAGGAAGAGUGUGAAGAGAUUCCGGCUUGAGAUCCCGACCUCUGGGUGUGGGAGCAAGAUUGCACCCUCAUUCACCACAGCUCUGGGGACCAUGGAGGACCAAGGUCAUCGACCUGAAGAUAUGUACAUCUACAUCUGCAUUCUCUGGGCCAAAUGCACAAUGAUCUGUUGUCUUUGAGGGUAUCUGAGGCACUCAAUUCCUUGGCCCACUCUAGAACCCACACCCACACCCCCUCAUACACAUUGGGAAACAACCCAGUCACCCAACACAGCCAGACCCUCCAGUCAGCUUCACCACCACACACUGACAGCCACACACAGGCACAGCCUUGGGGGAGAUGUGCUGGAAGCCAGUGAGGCCACCCAGCCACACCUCAGGAAAACCAGUUUGUCACAGAGGUAUAGAUUUGGUAGAAUCCUUUAACCCAAAGCAACUGGGACCAAAGGACAGCUUUGAUGAAAUGACAAUUUUCAUCAAAAGUGAAUAUACUUUUGUGGUAAAUUCACAUUUUCCCCAUA